UGUCAAACAGACGGGACUAGUGGUGGGGUUUAUCGCGGAUCUCACGGUUUCCACUGCCUGCCAGGGAUGGACGUUUCCUCGGAGAAGUGAGAAGUGCACCCUUCGGUCCCGAGCCCGUUCUGAUCGCUGAGCCAGCCCCGUCGUCCGGUUCCGCCGCCGCCUCCGCCUCCGCCUGCGAGCCCGUUUGCCACUCGCCCCGCCCGGUCCAAGCCAGCCCGGAGGCUCGACGGCCAGCGAACGAGGCCUUCGAACAUGUCCGACCCAUCGGGAUCCGCUCGGCCAGAAGGACAAGGUUGUUGAAGUGCAAUGGAUCUACUGCCGUCACUAAGAUAUCGACUAACUUCUUAGUGUCGAUGCGAUGUGGAUCUGAUUAAUCUACAAGAGUGAGAAUGCCAUAACAAGAGCUCGAACGAGACAAUUAUGAGCGGUGCAAUGGCUGAGUCUUCUGAGGUCCCUAACGCUGGACUCGGUGAAGAUGGAAUGUCCGGAGGAGUUCAACAACUGGGGGCCCCCAUUAGCGAAACAGAGUUGGCCACUAAAAUGAUACAAAUUGAGUCUAAAAGGUUCUAUCUAGACGUUAAACAAAAUCGAAGAGGACGUUUUAUAAAAGUAGCAGAAAUAUCCUCCGAUGGAAGGCGGAGUCAAAUAUUCUUGGCUCUUUCAACAGCUGCUGAAAUGAGAGAUUAUCUAUCAACCUUUAGUGAUUUUUAUGCUUCCUUAGAAUCGUUUGCAGGUUCUCGAAAUCCUGAAAAUCUUCCCGAAGACGGGAAAUUGAAAUCUGAAAUGAUGAUUAAGGAUAAUCGUCGCUACUAUUUGGACCUAAAAGAAAACACACGGGGUCGUUUUCUGAGGGUAUCCCAAACUAUCUCUCGAGGGGGACCAAGGUCGCAAAUAGCCAUUCCAGCCCAAGGAAUGAUAGAAUUUAGGAAUGCUUUAACAGAUCUUUUAGUAGAAUACGGUACUGACGAUGGAGGUUUUAAAGGUGAACUUCCCGAGGGAAAACAUUUGCGGGUAGAUAAUAAAAAUUUUUACUUUGAUAUUGGCCAAAACAAUCGUGGUAUCUACAUGCGCAUCUCUGAGGUUAAAACUAACUUUAGAACAGCGAUUACAGUGCCUGAAAAAUCAUGGGUACGUUUCCGUGAUAUAUUCGUCAACUACUGUGAAAAAAUGAAGGACGGGUUGGAAAAAGUUAGUGGUCAAGAAACUCCUCCUGGUACUAAGUGAGAACGGCAUUACAACUAGACAAAUAAAUUGACUCUCGGUACAACAUCAACAAACAUAGACUUCGAUCCCUCCAGGCAGAUAACACAUAAUUAAGAAAAUAUUUGAAGAGUGUUAGGACAAAUUUGUGAUUAUACUUUGCUACUGACAAUAUUAAAAUUUGCUGAUCGCCUUGGACCAGUGAUAGUAUCGAUAAAAUGUUACAAAAAAAUUGUUUUACCUAAGCAUGCCGUGGGAUUCAGUUUUUAAUUCUAUUUAAUUUCGUUGAAUUGCUGUUAUGAAGAAAAAAUAUUGAAAAAAAAAGAAAAAAAAUUUACAAAAAUUUACAAAAACCAAAAAACAAACGGUGGGGACAUCGAUUAAGUGUGCCUGUCAUAAUUGUGAGUAUGUUUCGAGUCCCAUUCGAACGUAAGAACUCUCUUUUUAAGGGUUUUAAUAAAUUAAAUAAAAUCAGUUUUUCAAAUUCCAAUAGAUAUUUUUAAACUUAGUAAUUUUAAUGUUCGGUCGGCAUGUUAAAAUCUGGAAGUUUAGGAACAGAAAUCAAGAUACAAUUUGAAUAAGUACUUUAUGUUUGUUUGAAUGGUGUGAAAUUGAGUUAUUUUCUGUUUGUUGUGCCACUUACACUUAGGUGAAGCUGUGUAAUUCAGAUAGGUAAUUGAAAUGAUCGUAAUUUAUAUUCUUUCAAAAUAACAUUAAGCAAUUAACUUUAUAUACAUAUAUAUAUAAUAUAUAUAAUAAUGUUUGGGCACCAACUUCCUUAUCGCUCAUUCAAAUAUUUGUAUUAUAUUGUUACUGUUGGCCUUGAAAAGGUUAAUUAGAAACAUGGGCAUUUAUAAUUGUGUUGGAUAGAAUUUCAGAUCUUUAUAUAAUAUAUAAAUAAUAUAUAUAAAUAUAGUUAGAUAUAUUUAUUUAGUGUUGGCUGUUAAUGUUAUUAAUAAAUUAAUAAUUAUCGCUUAAAAUUGAAAGAGCGAUAAUGAGGGUGAGGUCCAAACCUCAAUGUAGCCGAGGUGAUGAAUGUGAGGCCCUCACUCUAUCGAUUUCGCUGUAUGUUUAUUCCCAGAGUAAAAGUGGGAGAAAAUAUACAUACAUAAAAAUAUAUAUAUAUAAAAAAAGUUAAAAAACUCGAACAAUGGAAUAAAACACAUUACAACCAUCCAAAUUUGCUAAAAGCACAUUGUUAUUUAUGUUUAGAGGUUUAUUAUUUUUUAAUUAAUCCUUAAUUAAAAAGUUAAUAUAAAUUCUGUUGCACUUUUGUAAAUAAUAUUAAAAUUUUAAAGAUAUAUAUUUAAAAAAAAAAGAUUAGUGAUUAUAAAUUGCUUUAUGGGUGGUUGUAAUUCGUGGUUUUUUUAUUUUUCAAAAUGACCUCUUAGGUCUUGCUCGUAGGGGGAUAAUCAAAGUUGCUGAUAAGUGGAACGUUUUUUUUUCUGUUUACAGAGUAUUUUGUUUGCUUGUUUGUUUGUUAUAUAUAUAAAGUGGUCUUAGACCGAAAGAUAAGAGUAUUAAUUUUGGAACUUCUAAGUGUUAAUUGGAUGGUUAGGGGUAAAUGAUCUAGGAAAGGGAAUAAUUUAUAUAAAGUUAAGUGUAAUACAAGUAAUAAAAAUAAAAAGAGCAAGGUACUAAGUUACGUUUUAAAUUUUUUUUAUAAUCAAUAUGACAUUUCUAGGUCUUAAACUGGCCAGAGAUUGUAAAUCUCGUUAGAAAUUUCCGUCUGUUCUCAUUUCUCCUUUUGUAGAUAAUGUUUCUAGUCCUUACUUCCAAUCAUCAUUGUUCACAAAUUACUGUAAUAUCUAUUACGAUGUUUGUUUAUAUAAAACUUUUAAAGGGCCACCAUUUUUUUGUUGUGCGUUUCUUGCAAUGAUCAUGCCAUCCUCAUAUUUUCUUUUGUAUUUUUAUUAUUACUAGUAAGGCGAUGAAACUAAUUUUAUAAUAUUGUUGACAAUUUAAAUUAUUAAUGAAAAUUUUUUCGCUUAUAAGUUACCAAAAUUCUAAGAGAUAUAUUAUAAAUAUAGAUUAACAUUUGGGGAUUUUUAAUUGAAAGAAGGAAAAGAAAAUGGUUUUGGCUUGGUUGCAAGGUGGCUGGACCACCUCAUGCACUUCUUCCGGCCACGAAGUGGUUACGAUCUUUAAAAAUACCUCAAGGUACAAAUUAUUAUUGUCGAAAGAUUUUUCUGAAGUGUAUUUGGACAUAUUGAAAAGAUAAAAUCAGUCUAGAAAAUAGAAGAGAAAAUUAAAUCUUGAAAGAAGAUUGGCAGUAAAGUGAGGUGAUCAGGGGAGAUAUGAACAAAACAUUGGUAUUUUUGGUAUAUGAAAUUGUUUCAAUUGAAGCUCAACAUUUAUCCCAUGGACAACAAUAUUUUUGUGUAUAUUUUACCUUGUUUCAAAUUUUAUUUAUUGUAAAAAAUCUACGUUUUUUUCUUGUA